AUGGAGAAAUCCACGGAAAGGGCGCGGGAAGAGAAGGCGAGAGAGAAGGACGAACACUCCAAAGGGGGUCACUCUAUCCAGCCUGCCCCAGAGACUUUCAGCUUCGCAACGGAAAUGAACGUGAGAGAAGGAGAGAAAGAGAGAGAAGAAGACAAGGAACAGGAACAUGAGAACAAGGAAGAACAAGAAGAAAGAUCAGGACAACAGAGAGAGAGAGAAGAACAGAUAGAACGAGCAACCGAGGAAGUGGAAGAAGAAGAAGAUCGAGGAAACAACAGAGUUGCGGAAGGCAAAACUGCCAUGUCGCCGUGGUCACAGAAUGCGCCGUGCGCUUUUGAGGAGAGACUCGAAGCGCCUCGGAGAGACGCAAUCCUUUUGUCUUCGGACUCCUCUCUUUCCUCUCCUUCAGUCUCUGUCUCUUUGUGUGUCGUCUCGCCUUCCUCGCGUCUUCCUCCCUCGUCCUCUUGUUCUGUGAAAACAGGUGAGAGCAACUCCUCUUCAGAGGCCGCGGGCGCGCUUUCCCUCCCGAACUCGGACCAAAACGCUCCCCGGAACUUCGACAGCGAUAAAUCUUCCUCGCUGCUCAACGAAAGAAGGGAGGCACAUCUCGGAGAAACAGAAACGGAGAAACGAGACCGGACAGCUCGUGAGAUGUCUGCUCCCUCGACCCUUGGAGCGCGUGAGCAAAGUGCAGAGACAGAGACAGACAAGAAUGAGGCAGAAACAGAGGAGAGGAGAGACGCCCCCGGAGACAGGUGCGAGGGAGAAGAGGAAAGAAGAGGAAGCGACAAGAGAGCAAAGGGAGAGGAGAGAAAAGCAAGAGAGGGAAGCGGUGAAGAGAAGGACGAAAGGCAGAAGAAAAAACAACGUUCGAUACGAAAUGAGAGAGAGAAUGUAGCAGACAGAGAAGCAACUGAGAAGGGAACUGGAGACGGCGAAGAAGCGCGGAAGCCGCGAACGGGGGGACAGCGAGACAAAGAGGAGAGCGAAGUCACGCAGAAGAUCGAGGCGACAAGCAAAACACAAAAGACAACAGAACGUGCCAACGAAGAAGAAAGAGACGCCGAGAGGAAUCAGGGAACGAAAGCCGAUACAGCUGAAGACGAAGAAGGCAAUGUUUCUUCUUCACCUGUCGUUUCUAAUCCUCUUCCUCCCGAUCUAGCCUCCUCAAGACUCGGGUCGUCUGCCCUGUCUUCUCCUAGUCUCCCCUCUGCUUCUUCGUCUUCGCCUUCCUCGUCUGCAAGCCUCUCGUCUUCUGCUUCUUCUGCUUCUUCUGCUUCUUCGUCUUGUUGUCCUUUGUCGUCGUCCUGCGCCCAGUCGAAGACUCCAAAGAGAGGCGAGGUCGAGGCUGCCGAAGCUGGCGAGCCUCAGCUUCCGGCGCCGGCAAGGCGCCAAGGCGUUGACAUGGAAAUCCAGACCGAGACUGCAUGCGCGUCGUCGCCAGGACUCGAGAAUCCGUUCUCCUCUUUCUCUGCGAAGAGAGACGUGAGUGACGAAGACCUCCUCAAUCUCUGCACGAAGUUCAUUCAUCUCCGCUCCGAGCUCGUUCGCCUCUUCUCCCAGGCUUCGACGCCAGACCUUGCCCUCUCGAUGCUGCCCAGUGUCCCUGCUACCGGCACCGGCUCGUUGGUCUCUGGAGCGCAAGAGGACCGCGAGCGCGGCGCAGCUUUCGAGGGCCUAGGCCAAGGCGCGAGCGGUUGCGAAGAGACAGUUCCGAAGCGCAGCGCCUCGCAAGGCGAGCGGAAGAGACAGCGGGAGGAGGCCGAGGAGGAUUCGCGGAACCUUGACGGCGAAGGCGAGAGAACGGCGAGCGCGUCCUUCGCUCGGGUCUCGGAAGAGAGAAGCGUCCUUUCUUCUUUUCUCUCUCCAGAGAAAGGGGACACCGGGAGAGAAGGUCCGUGCGUGUCUCCUCUGAGGCCGAGAGCGGAGAAACAGCUCGAGCUCGACGAUGCGACGGAAGCGACCUGUGGCCGCAAAGGCCGCAGACGCAGCCGGAGGGCGGGCAGCUUGCAGCGAGACUCGGCAGGGCGCUUCGAGAAAGCAUGCAGUCGCGUCGCAGCGUGCGAAGUGAAGAAGCUGAAGAGUCAAACGGCUUCCUGGGAAGAGGCGCGUCGUCUCGUCUCCUCCCGCAUCGAGAACCCCGCGUUUCUGGCCGCGGAGCUGGCAGGCAGCUGGGCCGACCCUCUGACUCCUGAAAAGAAGAAAUUCUCCGACGUCCACCGACUCAAGAAGAUUCAGCCUCUCUUCACAGACCGCGAGGCCGAAAAAUCGGCGACAGACGGCGAGAAAGAGAGGCGACCUCUGAACGGCGGUCACGGCGAAAGGAGACACAGUGAGAGGCGCGAGGGGAGAGCGGAGCGCGAAGAGAAGCAAGAGAAGCGCCUGUCGUCUUCCCUGCCGCGCAUGCACUUCGCUGGUGAAAAAAAUACGUUCAGUCGAAGAAUGUCCUGUGACUCGACUCUUCCCUCUCAGGUGGGGGUCUGCCUUCGACGCGAAGAUUCUUUGCGACGUUCUCUCUCUGAAAAGAAACAGAGCGACACUGCAGAUGUCCAUCCGACUCGCCGCGCCUCCGUUUCUUCUCCUCACCCAAGCGCCUUGGAGGCCCUUGCUCCCUGUCUCGCGUCUUCCCCUCGGAGCCUCCGUCGGCGAGCUUCUCUGUCUCGGUUGCAACAGACGCCUGUCUUCUCCGCGUCUGAGAAGAAAUCCCACAGGCCUGCGAUAACCUCCGGCGCGAGUUCACUGUCCUCCUCUUCUGGAGGUCGAGAAGAGAAUCCGAGGGACCGCAAGUCUCGCCAGCGCUUCCCCUCGCCGUUCCUUUCUUCGCCUUUCCUCCCCCCCCUCCUCUCCCCCGACGUUUUUUCGCCCUCAGCCGUCUUUCCAGUCCACUCAGCUCUCGUUCACGCUCGAGAAAGUCCAGAGGAAGCGACGCUCUCCUCUUCUUCUUCUGCUUCUUCCUCGUCUUCUGUGUCUUCUCUUGCGUCUUCUCUUUCGUUGUUCUCCCAUGGACUCGCCCCGCAACCGCCGGGCCGCGAGUUGCGGUCCCCACAGAGCGCCUGUCUCUCGUCCUUUGAGGAGGCGUUCGAAGACGGGGAUUUGUUUCUGUGUUCCUCGACGCCAUGCGAAGCGUUUCCCUCGCCUUCCUCGACUUCGCUCGAGCGCGAAGACCUCACGCGGCGUCUCCUCUCGGGGUCUGUCGAGGGGAAGAGAACGAGCGCGUCGCCUGCCGCGUCGGAGACACCCCACACACCCGACUCGGGACCUGCCGCAGGCCUUCGAGGGCGCAGCUUCGCGAACAAGCCACCCACAGAGGAGCUGCGAGGAGACCAAGAAGGCAGACGCCGGCGUAAACGAGACACGGUAACCGCAGUGGCCGACGAGGGAGACCGUCUCUGUGGCAGGACAGACGAGUCCCGACCGCAGACGCAAGGCGAGGGUCCUGAGAGAAGCACGGAGAAAAAAGAUGCAGGGGAGGAGAGAGAAUAUAUAGACGAGAAGGACGAGAGGGGCAAGACAGAAGACAGGGGCAAGCAAGAAGACAGGGAAGGGCGGCUCGGCCUCCGAGUCUCCUCUUCUUCGAGAAAGCGAACCGCUGCGAUUCUCGAAAACCUGCUCUCGGAUUCAUGCCCGUCUUUCUUCUCGGAGAGAAAGAGGAAGAUCCUCGACCCCUGGUCCCUUAGCCCCGAGAAGAAGAAGGCCCCAGAGGAGAAGAGGCGCGGAGCGCGCGCGCGAGACAGCGAAGCGGAUCCAGGAUCUGUGGCUCUCUUCUCUUCCUCGAAGAAACGGAGAAACCUUUCUGUCGCUGCGGAAGGAGACAGAGACGGCGAGGCAGGUGGAGAGGGAGAGACAGAGCUCUGCAUCUUCACCACGUCUCAGGAGAGCAGCCAGGCCCCGGAAGAAGGGAGAAAGCGAGACCUCGAGAGAGAGGAAAGGUCUGAGAACUCGUCUGAAGGCAGCGAAAGAGACGGAUUUCCAACGAGCUGUCUUCACUUCGCCCGCGCCUUUCCGGAGUCCGGUCCUACCUCGCUCUCUCCCUUCGACAGGAAUGCAAACGAGAGCAAUAGAACGUCUCCCCACCCUUCUUGCUUGCUGUCUCCUUUCCUCGCCGCUCGCGCUGCAAUCUCACCUCCGCCGGCGUCUCCCCAGGGUCUUCGGCCCGAUCUCAGUGCAGACCUGCUGCGAGGUCACUUGAGGGGCGAAGGCCCUCCUGGAGAAUGGCCCUCGUUCCCCACAAACACCUCCGGAAAAAAGCAAAGCCUCUUCUCCCCUGUGCCCCCUUCUCCUUCCUCUUCAUCUUCUGCUUCUCUUUUACCUCCUUUCUUCGAGACUGUGUACGCUGUUUCGUCCUCACGCCCUCAAAAUGGGCAGAGACCUCUCGCGGACGAGUCUUCGGCGGGGGUGUCUCCGGUGUCGCCGGUCUCGGAGACCACUGGGGCUCCAAAAAGGGCACAGGAGGACCUGAGGUCCUCAGGCGAGGCAGUCGCAGUCCGCAGCGGCAGGCGCAAGAAGCAGGAGGCGGUCGUCGGCGCCUUGAACUCUCGCGGGGAGAAAAGCGAUCGAAAUGUCUCUUUGUCGGGGCUUCAAAACCCCACACAGUCCUCUGCGGCCCUGGGGAAAGCGCAACGGUAUGUGCAUUCCGCGUCUCAGCGAGAAGCGCUUACGCGAUUCAGUCCCGACGUCGCCUCAGAGGCUUCCAGAGACUCGUCGCACGCGUUUUCGCUCUCUUGGGGUUCAUCUGAAGCGUCUGUCACCUUCCCCGCCGUCGACCGCGGGCCUCAGGAUGCCUCUGUCUCUGCUCUCCCGGCUGCUGCGCGUUUCUGCCCUCCGUCGGCCCUCAGAGAAGGCGAAGGGAAGCUGGAGCUCCAGAAAAGUCUCUCUUUGACCGAAGGAGCGAGGGCGUUGAAAAAAGGCGCAAAGGGGUGCAUGGACUCUCUCCACGGGUCUUUCGCGUCCUCGUCUUGCGUUGGAACGAAAACACUCGCGUCCCCCUUUUCGAAAAGAGGCCCUUUUGCUUCAGAAAACCGCUUCGCCCCGCAUCUGUCUCCUGGUGCCUGUCUCCGCGAGAACAACGGAGACGAGAACAGCCUCCGAGGGCCUUCCUCCGGCUCGCUGUUCGGCCUUGAAGAAGACUUCAUGUCUCCGUUUCUCUGUGUGGGGAAUCCGCCGAACUCGGCUGUCGGCCCCGAGACCGACCGCAGGGAGAAGCGAGGAGAGAAAAGUGAAGAGGCCAGUCAGCAGGGAGAGCGCGAGGCCGCGGCCUUUGCUGCGGAGCCUUGUUUCAAAGGCACAAGAGGCAAAAGUCGCGGCGAAGCGUUUCCAGGAGCCAUGAGAACGCGAAGAGGCACCGCACUCCAUGCUACGAGAAGCGAAAGCAGAAGAAAGGUCCAGGAGACUGGCGACUGGACUCUCUUUCCGGGAGCACCGUCUCCCGCAGAGGCCAGCCUGUCGGGGAGACAGGCGAAGGGCCGCGAAGCCGAGAGGUCCUCGUUUUUUUUCCAGAACCCAGCUGGGGAGCAGGCGUUGCCAGGGGACGCGUGCGUGCACUCAGAAAACUCGAAUUCUGUCGCCGCGCGAGGAGUCGAAGUCGAAGAAAGAGCUCUGUCUGCAGCUUCUGCAGCGGCUUCUCUGGGCUCGUCCUCAGAACGGCCUGCAGCCCAUGGCACACGGAGAGACGCCAGGAGGACGAAGACAGGAGGGACGCAGAGGGGAGGCGGCCGAGGCAGAGAAGGCGCGAACUCUUGUCGACUCUGCAAAGCGAGACACACCCCCCAGUGGAGGUACCUGGAUGGGCUACCAGUCUGCAACGCCUGCUACAUGCGAGCGAGGAAGCGACAACAAAUCGCGACGGGACAGAGGAAACCGGUCUCCCUUCUCCUCUCUGGAUUCACUGCUGCAGAAACUUCCAGCUCUGCAGCUCUUUCUUCUCUCUCCGCGACGCUCCCUUCCGUGCGAGAAGCUCACUCGCCGCACCCAGCAGGACCGCCGAGCGCGUCUGGAAACUCCUUCCCCGAAGCGGCUUAA